UCCUUAAAACCGCUGUGUUUGCGGCGGGCUUUGUGUGCAUGCAGGCCAAGAAGGCAGCAGUAUUUUAAAUCCCUCGUCGCCCUUUUCUAGGUUUCGAAGACGCUCGGUUAUUGCUUCGAGAUCACCGGAUGAUCGAUCCGCACGGCUGCACCGCCGGUACAGUUUGAAGUAUGAUAGCUUCUGAACUGCAAACAGCUUCGACAGCGGCUGCUGCAGGCCAGCAGCGGGUCGACGACGCCGACUACCAGCUUCGGCCUGGCUUCUAUGUGAGCGAGCUGCCGUACUGGCUGCUCGGGUGCAGCGCUGUCGUCGCUGCCCUCACGCUGGUGGUGCUUCUGUGCAUAUGCAUCAAGCGCCGCGUGCUACUCCGAACCCCACAGGCUUCGACCGGCCGCACGACCAUGGCGCUCGCGUGCCCCGCCUCACUGGGACUGCAGCAUCCGACCGACAUCGUGGUGUGCUCGUCGUGCAGCGGCAGUCUGCACGAGGCGCCCUUCCUCCUGGACCCGACGGCCGUCAUGCUGUGGAACCUGCCGCUGUCGAGAAGUCUCAAUCCUUCGCCGCGUCCCGACGCGGUGCCACACACGCCGCAGGCGGCAAUGACGUAGCGCGGCACGACAGUCGUGCCAUCUGCAUACACCGCCCACAAUGCGAGCAGCAGACGCGUGGUAGCGAAAUAUCAUUGGACGGGUUAGGAUGGGCAACGCGAUUCACAUCUUCGAGUUCGGCGUCCCUAAGUUUACAACUUCGUAACACUGCGCGAAAAAACACAAAUCGCAAUUCUGUGAAAUGCACCUAUUAGAGUGUCUAAAGCGGAGUAAUACGACACAAAUGGAUCGCCGGGGCAACUUCUUUAGCGGGUGUAGCUGCUUGUCCCAUGUCUAAAAGCACUUCUGAGAGUUGUAGCAACACUUCACCGGUGAAGUAGGCUCGUUGUGAUUGGGCAGAAACAGAGUAAACGUGCUCCAACACAAAUCGCAAUUCUGUGAAAUGUUUUUGUUAGAGUGUCUAAGACGGACAAAUACGACACAAGUGGAUCGCCGUCAACUUCAUAGUAACUGCUUGUCUCGUGUCUAAAAGCACUUUUCAGAGUUGUAGCAACAUUCCACCAGUGGAGUACGCUCAUUGUGAUUGGGCAGUAGCAGAGUAAACGUGCUCCAACAUAAAUCGCAAUUCUGUGAAAUGUUAUUGGAGUGUCUAAAGCGGACAAACCCGACUCAAGUGGAUCACCGGCAACUUCUUUAGCAGGUGUAACCGCUUGUCUCGUGUCUAAAAGCACUUUCAAGAGUUGUAGCUACACCCCACCGGUGAAGUACGCUCAUUGUGAUUGGGCAGAAGCAGAGUAAACGUACUUCAACUCCGAGCGCGACAAGCUCUUGUAAAUGGAGCUUAAAAUAUGGCACAAGUACUUCAAGUGGAAACCUGAGGAAAAUCAGCGAUCAAACAAAAUGAUAUACACGUAUAGCAUGCAACACGUUUUAGAGGAUGCUCAGCUAAUUAAGCUGCAUUACUAAAACGCUUCACGCAAGUGACUGAGGGCGCUGAAUAAGGCAGCAGGUGAUGGCUCGCACGCAGCAAUACAACAAAAGGAUGCUCUCAGCCACCGUUGAGUCGACAUAAAUUAAGAUCGCUGAAUUAUAAGAAAAAUUUAUAAAUUCUGCCGAAUACAAGAGAAAAUUUCAUAUUUAGGUACUCGCUUCUUAAUAAAAAAAAACUUGGAGGACGCAUAAACUUCGCCUUUAAGAGUGAAACGCGAUAGUCUUGCGCUAGCUGAUUCCAACUUGAGCUUGCAAAAUACCUCAUGCUGAUCCCCCCACCUCACUUUCUGCCGUCCUCGACUGUGCUUCCAUUUCCUCUGCCACCCUACACCGGAACCCCAAACGAGCUCCUAGAUGAGGACAUUCAUCUACAUGAAAGUCACAGCGGCGAUAAUGGGCUUGAGACGCCACACAGCCCUGGGAAUGGACCAAAUCACCAAUAAGGCGCUUGUCAACCUUGACAACCCCUCGCUAUUAGCCUUACCGCUCAUCUUAACAAAGUACGGAGGAAAGGAAACCUUCCCGAGGACUGGGAAAUGGCGGAGGUUCGUAUCAUACCGAAGCCAGGCAAGCCGCCAGCCAUUGAGAACCUACUACCGAUCUCCCUCACUCGUGUGUAGAAAGCACCUAGAGCACAUCGGGGUUUUCAACUGGCUACAAGCAACUUCCAACAAUGAUUCCGUCCACACCUCUCAACAUGAGACAUCCUACUUCAGUUGAAAGAGGAGGUGAUUAUACCAGCGACACGCAACUCCCCCACCGCUAUCCUAGCCUUAGAUCUUAACCUUUUAACUGGCAGCACAACAAUAUUGUUGACCUGACAAAAGCAUCUGCAAAAACUACACAAAUCCAAAUAUUAGUCUGUGCCUUUCAAUUUACCUUUAUUUCUUUAUUUAUGUACCUGCUCAACAG